AGCGGCUCAGUCAGUCCAGACAAACCAGCUGCGGGCAACGAGCGAAGAGCUCGGACGUGCUGUCGUUCCCUGAAUUCGGAUCUUUUUUUUGUUGGUGUGAACCCUGUAAAGCGAUCAUGAAGGAGAGGAGGAACACGCAGCCCUUGGUGGUCAGGUGUAAACUGGUGUUGGUGGGAGAUGUACAGUGUGGGAAAACGGCCAUGCUGCAGGUUCUGGCUAAGGACUGCUAUCCAGAGACCUAUGUCCCCACCGUGUUCGAGAAUUACACAGCAUGUCUGGAGCUUGAUGACCAGCGUGUGGAGUUGAGCUUGUGGGAUACAUCAGGGUCUCCCUACUACGACAACGUGCGACCACUGUGCUACAGCGACUCUGAUGCAGUGCUGCUGUGCUUCGACAUCAGCCGCCCAGACACUGUGGAGAGCGGACUUAAGAAGUGGAGGACUGAGAUCAUGGACUUCUGCCCUAACACCCGCAUACUCCUCAUCGGCUGCAAAACAGACCUACGCACAGACGUCUGUACACUGAUGGAGCUCUCCAAUCAGAAACAGACGCCCAUUACCCAUGAGCAGGGCUCAGCCAUGGCGAAGCAGCUGGGUGCCGAAACCUACUUGGAGUGCUCGGCCUUCACCUCGGAGAAGAGCAUCCACAGCGUGUUCCGCACGGCCGCGCUGGCCUGCAUCAACAAGCUGCAGCCUCUGGCCAAGCCCAGCCCCAGCCGCCGCCUCUCCAAGCGCCUGCUGCACCUGCCCAGCCGCUCAGAGCUGCUCUCCUCCACCUUCAAGAAGGAGAAGGCCAAGAGCUGCUCCAUCAUGUGAGCGCAGGAGGGGGGCUUCAACUCCCCACCUACAAAAAAAAGCUUCUCCCUCCCCUGCGCUUUGGUCUGGGGAAGGGGGGUGGGCUCUGAUGUCCGUCAUCAACGAAGGCUUCGCUGUGGAAUCCUUCCUCACCCCCCAACAGAAACACGUUUCAGAACAAGUGGACACCUCGCUGUCCACCUUGUCCUGAUCUCUGCAACAGUGCAUAUCUGUCUUACCCAGUACUGUAUCUUGCUUUUCUCAAACCGAUCAUUCAAGGUUUGAUCAUUCAGAUGUGCCAUCGCAUCAUUCUUCUUCUUCUUCUUCUUCACCACCGUGUCAAGAGAAUCAAUCGCUCGCCGCUCUCCUCAGCGUUAUCAUGACGUUUUAGGUUCAUGAUGAUUCGGAUUUGGCUUAGUAGAUAGAUGAGAAUACAAUGGUCAGAAAAAAAAAACAGGCUGUGAUAUUAUGUGGUAUUAAAUGCCUUUGGAACUGCUCGCCGUAUUAUUAUUACUAUUAUUACUAUUGCUAUUAUUAUUGGCUCUCUAGUUUCAGACAUAUCUGGGUGACAAUCGAAGAUGAAAAACAUAUGUAGUGUAUGCACUGAAGUGAAGGUUGAGAGGGUGGCUCCUAAGUAAGAGCUUUGGGAAGCGGUGUAAGGCCCGGGCCGUGUCGCAUUUUCGCAUUUUGGAGGAAAGAGGUGGGCACUGGUUGUGGGCACUGUUUUAGCAUUGCUAGGUAGGACUUAGCAUAGCUAGGCAUUAGAAUGGUGGAUGGAAUUGGCUGCUAUGCAGACUGAAUACUGUUGUGUAAUUUCUAUUGGAACUUGCCUGGUAUGUCAGGCUUUUUGAUUAGCUAGAAAAAAGGGACACAACUAAUAGACAAGAACAUUUGGACAGUGAAUUCUAAAGGCUACCUAAGACGCGUUUCUUAUCUUUUCCAGACCUCUAAUGAUUAAAUACCAACCAACGUGUUGUACAUGCUUCUAUUUUUACAGAAGCAAUAAAAUAACUGUCCAAUAGAGAGUGGAGAACCAUACAUGAUGGACUGGUAGACUGGGGGAAUGGUGGAAUGGUGGAUUGGUGGACUGUUGGUCCUCCUGAUCUUCUGUAGUGUAGAAAACCUAGCCUCUGUGAGAACUCCAAAGCGUUGAGCAUUAAACUGUUUUGAACUGAAUUUUGAAUCGACUAUUUUUUCGGUAUUGUUCUUGGUCUUCGGAAAGCUUUUGUAGCACCGCGUUGAUGAUGUUUUUCAACUAAUCAACAAGGAUUAAAAAAUAAAUAUAUAAAUAAUUGUAUGCAGCAACGAUAGCAUUUUCAAUAUUUCAAUCGUUCAGACUUUCAGUAGAGCUCAGCUUGAAAUCAGACCAUCGCCACUGCACGUCACUUCUAAUGUUUUUUGGGUUUUUUUUUUGUAUGCAUUUCUCUCUUCAGAAUCCUCCUGAUGUAGCACUCCAUCUUCCACCAGUAGCUCUCUAUCUCUAUCCCUCUCUCUCUCUCUCUCUCUCUCUCUCACCGCUCUCUCUUUCUCUCAUGUUCUUUUACUUGCUCUUUCUCUCUCCUGUGUACGUACAGGUACAGGUUUCCAUCGCCUUUAAUGCCCCGAGCUUCAACGCAAGCAAACUUUUACGACUUUUUUUUACCGUCGUUUUUUACGGCAGACACAUUCGCAGGUGGUUUUUGGUUCAGUUGGUGUAUCUAAACGCAAGUCCUUCGGACAAAAUUUUCGAGCUUCUCGGUUUCUUGAGUGCUGAUAGUGCCAAUGUCGAAAACCUGCUUUUGACCACAAAGCAAUAACAAUUGACAUGCUUGUGUCGCAGAUUAUAUAGAGUGGCAAUAAUACGGAAAAAUAUCUGUAAAAAAUUAAGUGCGUAAAAUACCGCUUUGUGAUUUAACUUCAUGCGACAGCUUUGUGGACGUGUGUGUGGCCGUGCCUCCAUUACUGCUGUAAAAAGAAUAAAUGAAUAAGUGAACAAAUAAAAAACUGAAAAAAAACCGAACCAGCUUAACUAUUAGUAAUUCUGUUUUCCAGCCCUUCUUGUAGCCGGGGUCGUUGUGUUGGAGUGAGUAAACCGUGACGUCUGUUUGUGUCACACAGAUCUAGUGUGGGACUUGGGGACUUGUGAAGUUAACACACCAGACACCAUUUAAGUAUUUAAAGUAUUUAAGUGCAGCACAGUGUAACAGUGUAAUGUCACCAGGCGUGGUUUGAGGCACAUGGGCAGGCUCUGUUGGCGUGACGGGGUGGUAAAGGACUCUUUUAAGAGCGUGGAGACGAGGAGCCAAAGGCAUGCGAGAUCUUUCACGGGUCUGCAUUCAGACAAGACCGCUCGGUCCGCUCGCUUUAACGUAUGGAACAAUCGACUCGUGACAAUGGCUUGGGGGGGGGUGGGAUAAGGGGUGGGUGAUGGAGUGCGUCCUGGUGAAAUGGUAACGAUAAAGGGUGGAGGGGGAGGAGUAAGGGGAUAAAAGGACUUCUGGAAUUUAAAAAAAAAGAAAAAAAACUACAAACCAACAGGCUGGUCCUGUUUAGAGAAAGCUAUUUUUUCAUUUUUCAGAUUGAACCAUUGUGCUGUUUGAUUUUGUUUGCAUUGUUGUUGUUGCUGUUGUUAUUGUUGUUGUUGUAAUUUUUUAUUUGUCUCUACCUGAAAUCGAUAUUUAUCUCAUUUGGUUCAAACCACUGUUAUCUACGGCUUCAGGUGGUGAUUUGCGAGCUCUGAACUCUCUCCGGUCACACGCCGAAUUUCCAACCAUUGCCUAGCAACUGUUGAAGUAAAAAAAGGGAGAGAACGCCAGUUAUAAUCUUUGGGGUUGGGGAGAGAACCUCAGACCACUAGCCAGUCUCACUACUGCAGCUACAGAUAGAAAUACAAAUAGAAAUACCAGUGCCAUCCUAGAGAGAGUACCAGCUUUGGGUUAUAGAGGUGAUAUUUACUCUCAAUCAUAUAACAAAAUAGUGGUUAUGAUUCAAUGUUGCGAUACAUUUUGCAGUACUAUAAGAAAGACGGUGAAUUACAACACAAAAUAAAACAAACUACUCUCUGACACCAAUCUUUACAUGCAAACUAUUUAUACAAAUCAAAACUACAUUUUAAAGAAUCAGUCCAGUAUUGCAAAACAUCAAAACACUUCUGUAUAUCGAUAUUUUCUUACACCUCUAACACACACACACAAACACAUCAAGGCUUUGACAUGAGACAGUAUAGGUUCCGUACAUUCCACCAUGAUGCUGCCGUUGUGUACUAGUGGGCACAGUUAUACUUCUAAGCAUGUCUUCUCUAUCGAUGAUCCGAGUUGUACAUAUCUUCUUUUAUAAUCUUUGUAAGACACCGAAAAGAAUGCCAUGAGGUGUGACUAUUUGUUCUUGUCGUGGGUUGACCAAGAUGUUGUGGUUGAUGUAUAAUAAUAAUAUUAAUUCAGUCCUAUUUAUUUGAAUACAACAUGGAAGAUUGAUAUUUUUUGGUUUUUGUGUUUUACAUGUACUUUUGUUUUUCACAGAAUUAUUUUUUGACAUGAUGUCCUUUCUUCCUUUUGUCUUUCCAGUAAUAAAGCUUGCCUUGUGUGGCACUCAUGA